CCACGACCCACACGACAGCGAACGUGCGCGCGUGCGUGUGCAACGGCGGCCCAAGGCGCAAACGCGAACGCCUCAAUCUUUCCACUUCGUUCCACCUCUCCUCCGUGCAAAAUCCCCAGCGCGCACGCCUCGUCCCCCUACGUGCCGCGGGCGUGGUUGCACGUCGUACGUACGCAGGCGUCCUCGCGAGGGCGCGCACGCAGGUGCGAGCUCGUGGCGGGUGACGAAGCGGUGAAGGCAAGGCAUCGCGGCGGCUGUUUGAUCCGGGGCCUCUUUUUGCUCCCCGUGAUCAGGUAUUCGGGUGCUAUACUUAGGUCUGGCAAAAGUCAGCCGGGCCGCGCGCGGUUUGGCCAUGGCUGCGGCGCCGCCGUCCGUGGCGUCGUCGUCGUCGUCGUCCAGCCCCGUCCUGUCGGCCGCGCACCGCCGCCGGCUCAACGACGUCGAGCGAGACGCGUUCGACUACGGCGGCCCGUGCGACGUCGACGUCGAUCAUGAUGACGACGACGGCGGCGGCGGAGUGCGCCGCGGGCACGGCGCCGGCGUGGCGGGUGUCAGGGCGCUGUUCUCGUCGGCCAGGAGGAGCAAGAGGGCGUCCGUGAUUAUCGAUCAGGCAUGGCUGCGGAACGUGGUCGCGUGCCUGCUCGGCCUCACCGUCGUCGCCGGGCUCGUGCUGAGCUCGCACCGAGUGAGCGGCGCCGGCGGCGGGAGGCUCGUGCAGAGGAUGGACCUCGGUGACGGCGAAGUGAUGGGCUGGACGGAGGAGAACUUGACGGCUGUUGCUCGCCAGUCACCUGACACGCCGAUGAAGAUAUGGAUGACGCCAGAUAGUGAAGGUUAUGGCAAAUGCAUUGAACGCCCGAAGAAACAUGACAGAAUGAACAGUGCAACAGCUGGUUAUAUAAUUGUUAAUGCCAAUGGUGGAUUGAACCAGAUGAGACUGGGAAUAAGCGACAUGGUUGCAGUUGCUAAGCUCAUGAAUGCAACACUAGUAAUCCCUACUCUGGAUCACAAAUCAUUUUGGACUGAUCCAAGUGAUUUCAAAGAUAUAUUUGAUGUGGAACACUUCAAGAAAACUUUAGAGGGUGACAUUUCGAUUGUGGAUUCCUUGCCACUAGCUUAUAAAGGAUUGAAACUUUAUAUGAGAGCACCCACUUCUUGGGCCAAGGCUUCUUACUACAGAGCUUUCUCAAGGACACUGAAGAAGGCCAAAGUUGUGAAAUUCACACAUACAGAUUCACGAAUUGUUAACAAUGGUCUUCCCCCAUCCAUCCAACGACUCCGUUGUCGGGCAAAUUAUGAGGCACUAAGAUUCCACAAAGAAAUUGAAGAGCUGAGUACUGCUCUAGUAGAUAGACUGAGGAAUGGAUCCAAUCAUUAUAUCGCACUUCACUUAAGGUAUGAGAAGGACAUGCUCUCAUUUACUGGUUGCAGCCACAACCUAACACAUAAAGAGGCAGAUGAGCUGAGAGAAAUGAGACUCAACGUGCGGCACUGGAAAGAGAAGGAAAUCAACAGUAGGGAGAGGAGACUCCAAGGACGCUGCCCUAUGACUCCUCGUGAAGUAGCUCUUUUCCUCAAAGCUAUGGGCUAUCCUUCCAGCACAAAGAUCUAUAUUGUAGCAGGUGAAAUAUAUGGUGGACAUAGCAUGGAUUCAUUAAAGGCUGAAUAUCCAAACAUAUAUACACAUUAUAGUCUGGCAACGGUAGAUGAGUUAGAGCCUUUCAAGCUAUACCAAAACAGAUUAGCUGCCUUGGACUAUAAUGUAGCCGUCCAAAGUGAUGUUUUUGUGUAUACGUAUGAUGGAAAUAUGGCUAAAGCAGUACAGGGUCACAGAAGAUUUGAAGGAUUCCAAAAAACCAUCAACCCAGACAGGCAGAAGCUUGUGGGACUCAUUGACAAGCUUGAUGAAGGUACACUAACAUGGAAUGAGUUCCAAAGUGAAGUGAAGAUACAUCAUGAAAACAGACUUGGGGGUCCAUAUCAGAGGUUAUCUGGUCGAAGUCCUAGGCAAGAGGAGUACUUCUACGCAAAUCCCCUUCCAGGCUGCUUGUGCAAAAGAAUGCAAAGGAUUAAAUGACGCUGAUUUGUUAUGAAGAGGAUGUGAUAUUAUUGUCUUCAAAAGUUCCAACCACUUCCCUGAUGUAGCAUGGAUAUACAAACACAAAAUCUUCUAACAAAGAAUUACACUGGUAAUGGACAGGGACAGCCCACAGAUAAUUUUCCUAGAUUAACAGUGUAUGCAGCCAUCAUUCAUAGAAAAGGAAGCAGGAGGGGCAGGUCCAUUUAUUAUCGUCUGAGAUCUGCAUCUCCAGUUGAUUAUUUAUUCAAGUAUACAGGAAACGGAAGAGUAAAAAAGAUUUUAAAUACCAGCAAAGCAUAGAUGUGCCAGAAGUGAUGGGAUAGCUUGAAAGAAUACCUUUUUUAGUGCAUGUAUGUAGUUCACACUUCACACACUCCAUAUGUACAGUCUGUCCUCUUUUUAUAUUUUGUAUUCAUCCCAAAAUUGCAGCUUUAUUCAGAUAGGCAUGUAUGAUGUAUAUAGAGAGAGCAGGAUGUACCCAAGAAGAAACAAGUGAUGAAUGGUAAAUUCUUUUUUAGUUUAUUUCA